UAGAAAGUUAUAAUUUUUAAGUCAAUGGAAAGUAGUCCUAUUGUACCAAACCAAGCAGAGGUUCUUGAAAGGCUAAAGCUUAUGUACGAGCAGAUGAGCGAAUUCUUCAUUAUUCAAAGUUACAGAUCUCGAAUUGAGAGUGAUGGUGUUAUCAGGGAACUUGAUUCCACUGAAUUUUUAAAAAUUUUCCGAAACGCAUUUCCUGAACUCAUUACUGCACAAUCGAAUGAUUUCGAAAGUAAUUUCAUCAGACAGACUGCUAAAAGCAAUAUUUCAGUUGAAGAUGUCAUUAUGAAGAGUGAAGGAAGUGAUGGUAUGGCCAAUAACAGUUCUGACAUGGACUGUGACAUGAGUGAGCCAUGUGCAAUAACACCUGUACUAAAUAUGCAGAACAGAGCACAAUCAAGAACAAACACUAACGCCCCAAGAAAUUAUAGAGCACCUAAAAAAUCCCGAAUCGAAGACAAUCUUCAAAUUCCAGACAAUUCACUAAUCCAAGAAAGAAUUCAGCACCAAGACAACAUUCAAAUCCAAGACAGCACACAAAUCCAAGACAGCACACAAACCCAAGACAACAUGUAAACCCAAGACAACAUAUAAACUCAAGGCAAUCUUCAAACCCUAGACAGAAUUCAAGUUUUAGAGGGCAUAAAUAUCCUAGACAAAAUCAAAAUCCUAAACAACAUUGUAAUCCUCGUCAGAAUCAGGCCCCUUGGCAUUCCAAACGCAACAAUCAGAUUGAAAUUAUUCGUGAGAUAGUGGAUUUAGGGAUUGACCAACCAAUCUAUGGCUGUAAAGAUAUCCUAAAUCUUGAUGGAACUCCAAUGUUGAACAACAGUCAGCCCAAUCGUACAUCCGAUCCCAAUAACCCUCAAAAAAACUCAUCUAACCCCAAUGAUCAUCCCUUAGACUUCUCUUUAAGAACGCUCUCAACAGAAUGUCCAGGCACUGAUCCUCGAAACUCAGAAGAAUUCAAGCAACCGUCUUCUCACGACCGCAUGUAAGCAAGGCCAAUAAAUAUAUUGAUUGGAAGACAGAAUUUAAUAUUUUUGAGUG